AUGAAAGACUUUUAUCGCCACGCCUCUUUCGUUUAUAGCGCCUUCCUUAUGUCCCGUCAGGAUUACAAGAUAUACGUUGGCAACCUCCCUCCCGACAUCAAAGCAAGGGAUAUAGAGGCAAUAUUUUCCAAGUAUGGCAACAUACUCGAGAUCGACUUGAAGUGCAGGCGCGGACCUCCCUUCGCCUUCAUCGAAUUCGAGGAUGAACGAGAUGCUGCCGACGCGGUUCGAGAACGAGACGGCUAUACAUACGAUGGAUACGCCUUGCGAGUUGAAUUUCCUCGCGGCGGUGGCGGCCUAAGGAAGUCCUUCGGAAAUAGAGGUGGUGGACCAUCUCGCAGAUCUGACUUUCGUGUGGUCAUUGAUGGAUUGCCGCCAACAGGUAGCUGGCAGGAUCUGAAGGAUCAUAUGAGGGAAGCAGGCGAUGUUGGGUAUGCAGAUGUCUUUAAAGACGGCACAGGGGUGGUGGAGUUUUUGCGCUACGAAGAUAUGAAAUAUGCAGUAAAGAAGCUUAACGAUUCCAAAUUUCGAUCGCAUGAG